UUGGCUAUAAUUUGACGUAUGCACCUGUUUGACGUUUUACAUUUAUUAUAAACAAUCACAAAUUUGUGAAAUAAUUUAUAGCUUUUUAAAAGUAAAAUGGCUCAAAUUGGUGAAUCUUUAACGUUAGCUCGAGAUAUAAAACGAUCGAUAGAAUUGUUGGAAAAAUUGCAGAAAAACGGAGAGGUUCCUGCAACGAAAUUAGCGGCUCUGCAAAAAGUUCUGCAAAGUGACUUUUUGAAUGCAGUUCGUGAAGUGUAUGAACAUGUAUAUGAAACAGUUGAUAUUCAGGGCUCGCAAGAUGUGAGAGCAUCAGCUACAGCCAAAGCUACUGUCGCAGCUUUUGCGGCCAGUGAGGGACACGCACAUCCUAGAGUAGUUGAACUGCCCAAAACUGAUGAGGGAUUGGGAUUUAAUGUUAUGGGUGGAAAAGAGCAGAACUCACCCAUUUACAUAUCCAGAAUUAUUCCUGGAGGUGUUGCAGACAGACAUGGUGGCUUGAAAAGGGGUGAUCAACUUUUGAGUGUGAAUGGAGUGUCUGUUGAAGGUGAAAACCAUGAAAAAGCUGUAGAACUAUUAAAACAAGCACAUGGAUCUGUGAAAUUGGUUGUUCGUUAUACUCCAAAAGUAUUGGAGGAAAUGGAAUUGAGAUUUGAUAAACAAAGAGCAAGAAGGAGACAACAGUUCAAUUAAAUGCUGUUUUUUUUUUUCACAUGCAGUAUUAAAAUUUCAAUUCAAUUUGACAGCUCUGUUUCUGCACUGAAACAAUUUUUAGUUCUAGGCUCAUUAUACAAUUAUUGCAAGAGUAUAACAAAUUAGAAUGUAUUGUGUUAACUUGUGUUAAAAGUAUAGAUAAGUUAUAAAAUUAUUUUAUAGUUUGUUAAUGUUAUUAACUUAUUAUGACUAUGUAAGAAUCUGAAUGAAUAUAUAAAUUCAUCAUUUAAA